UGACGCAGCUAAAUUUCCUGUACAUGAUGGUUGUCACAGUUUGAGAUUGCUAUCUUUUUAAAUACGACUGUAAAUAUUUACACUAUUCAAGUUAAAAACCACAAAAAUGCAAUUUGAAAUUUCCGGUAUCGAAAACGUUAUAGCCCACACACCAAAAAAAUCAGCGCAACGAAAAUGGAAAAACCACGUGAAGCGCCCUCUAACUAGGCCAGAUACCAGCUGAUUAGUGAGGUUUCCAUUCAUAAAUAGUCCACGAUAGCGUGGGAAUUAGGUCGUGACCUGACAAAUAGUGGUGAUACUGUUCGCGACAAAGGCAAUCAGUGAGAGAGAAGGGUUUAUGUGGAGAUUUUACUUUCAAAAGUAGUUUAAUCACUGGGUCUUUGAAGUGAGAUAAACUACCAAACGUGAAGUUCAAGUAGGCACAUUUUUGGUAACAUCGUGGUCGUCUUUAUAGUAGGAAGUGUUAAAAGAUGGUUUUAAACACAGAGCUUUACAUGUUUCAUCGUAUUAUCUGACGUGAGAGAUCGAUGAAUGAACUGUUAUCUUGAUUUUCAUCGAUUUGUGAAUACAUGCCUUUGUGUACAUAUAAAAACAACAAAGUGUGCCAGAGAACAUAGAAACACUGGAUUCUAGUUUUUCUACAGUUUGUGUAUUAUAAUUAAAAAAAACUUGUCACAUGUCAGACCAAGAAGACGGAGGGGCCACAGGCUCUGCAGAACAGACAGGGGAAAAGAGGGGACGUGGAAGACCCAGAAAACCUAAACCGGAUCAGCCAGAAGAACCAAAACCGAAGCGACCUCGCGGGAGACCUCUGGGUAGCAAGAAGAAACCUCAGGAACCUCCAAAACCGAAAAAACCUCGAGGGCGCCCACGGAAAGCGGCUGGGGACGCUGUUAAGGGAGAUAAGUCGGAUUGAAGCACUGUGUUUAUGGCACUAUGUCCACUGGAAUGUGUUCGAAUUGUUCAUAGAAUCUGUACUUAAUAAUGGCAUUAGUUUCAUGUGUUCAUUUUGAUACCAACUUAGUGUUCUAAUUUGUUUUUUUUUUAAUUUUUGUUUCGUCUAUCAAACUGAACAAAAUAUGUUUUUAACAUAUAAGCAUUUGUUAUAGUAACAAUAUGUAAAAAAUAUAAUAAGAUUUAUAAUAAUAGAGAUCCUAUUGUAGUUGUAGUUUGGCAAGAAUACACUGUUCUAACUAAACGUUCGACCCCCUUUAACUGUCUUUUUUUCGUAUUUGUAUAAACUGUUUAGGACGGUUUGAAAUUCGUCUUUAUUUUGACAUCAAUGUCCCUUAUAACUGUUUAACUGUUGUUUUUGAAUGUUGUUUCAUGACAUACGUAGUAAGUAAUUUACUGUACAUAUUUGGCGUAAUUUACCACACAAAAAACUUCUUCAUUUUCGGGAAACAACUUUGUUUACAGUUACCUGUUCACACAGCACACCUUGCAAAGAAAUAAUCUUGAAUAACAGUGUAGUUGUUUACUAUAUUUCAAAUAUUAUGAUGGAUUUAUGUUGGCAUUUAUUUCGAUGUUAUAAGAUAUGAGCCGCGUCACGACAAAACCAACAUAAUGGGUUUGCGACCAGCAUGGAUCCUGACCAGCCUGCGCAUCCGCGCAGUCUGAUCAGGAUCCAUGCUGUUCGCUAUCAGUUUCUCUACUUGUAAUAGAGUUGGUAAGCGAACAGCAUGGAUCCUGAUCAGACUGCGCGGAUGCGCAGGCUGGUCUGGAUCCAUGCUGGUCGCAAACGCACUAUGUUGGUUUUGUCGUGACGCGGCUCAAAUGUAUUGGUCACCGUAAAUCAUAGUUGUAUAGAUACUACGACAACUUGUUUGGCUUAAUGAAUAUGAAGCAUUUUAGCAAUAUCUUUACUGGACUAUUUCCUGUGAAAUUCUCUUCGUAAUAUAUUUUGAUAUAACUUCUUUAAUUCUUACAAAUUCAUUUCUUUUGACAAUACGGAAGCAGUAAAAGGCAGCAGUAUGCAAAAGAAAAGUGUUUUUUUCUUGACGUUUUGUCGGGACGCACUUACGUACACCACUAAACGAGAAAUAAAUAUAUAAAUUCGAGAAUCUAUCACAAACAACUUUAUUGAGAUUUUUUCCCUAUUAAAUAAACUAAACAGAAUGCAAUGUGUUAGCUUAAACUUUUAUUGAAAAUUAAUUUUUUAAACCAUAUAUAUACAUGUAUGUAAUUAUUUUUUUUUCUGUAAAUGUACAUAUUUUAGUUUUCCGCAGUCAUACUAAACAGAAUAGAUUAUUGUCUUUAUUUAGAGUAAAUCAGUAGAACACAAGCAAAAAUUCCUGAGAUCUUGUUUGCCUAAUCUUGUUUGUUAAUGAAAUGUAACAUCUUUUUUCUUCUUCUUUUUUGCAAAAAUUUCAGAUGGCAUAUUAUCAAAACAUAUAUUUUUGUGCAUCGAUGGGUAAAACUAUCAUUUUAUGUUGUAUAUUGUUGUUAGGAAUGAAAGUUGUGUGAUUAUUUCUUAUGUUGUUGUUGUUUUAUGUCAUCUGAUCAAAUUAGAAUCACAUCAUUGGAUGCUGUAAUAAGUGUGAGUCAAUGGUUAUAACAUAAAAAUAAAACUAUUUUGAUGACAAA